AUGCCAGCGAGCGUCCCGGAGAAGACUCCACCUCGAUCGUCUCCAAACGAGCAGUCGUCACCGAGCUCAGAAUACGAGUCGGGACGCGUAAAAUGCGACGACUGUGGGACUAACGUCUCCUUCCGCGACGAUAUCACGGACAAAUUCACCACCAAGCACUGGGACCUCCACAAGCAGAAUUGCCGCAAGACACUCCUGCGUGCAGAUGUGCCCUCAGAGGCCACACUGCAGCCCGAUUUCAUCAGUCAAAAGCGCAAGCACGGCGACCAGAGUCGACUGCCCAGACUCAGCCCUCCGUUAGGCAGACCUCCCGCCACCAUCCACCCCUCCUUGUCGGCGUUAACGUCGGCGCGUUCACCCAGUGGUAAGCGUCUCGUGUACCUGCGAGAGACCGCGGCCUCGGCUCACUUUGUUGCGCGGCGUCGUAACGUAACUACCGAAGUAGCGUCGAGGUCGGACGGCUACUCACCUACCCCUUCUGGAUCGGUCGAGUACGAACUGAGCGCCGGGCCCUCGCAACACAGCUGGCAGGUCGGACUGCUGGACCAGGGACCGACUAGGAAUAAACGGAGGCGGCGGACGAAGCGGUCCGAACAGGAACGGAUCCAAGAGUUCCAUGAUGACCCGUUGGUAGCACAGGUCGAGCCGUACAGGGUAUUGUGCAAGAAAUGCAACAAAUGGAUCCGGUUGCGGUCCAACUCGACCUACUGCUCCAUACCCUGGGACGCUCAUCGCUCGAGCUGCGUCAAUAAGGAAAAUAAGAAGCGAAGUCGGAGGGAAGGCCGAAGGGAGGGCGUCAACCCCAGCCCGUUCACGUCCACGCCGCUCACUAAACCGGACAACCGCGAAGAGGAAGACGAGUUGCCCGACGAGUCUCGGUCUGAUCGCUCCGGGGGCGGCGACGUCGACACGGCGGACGACGAGGGUAUGCCCAAUCGUAGUCAUCGACUCCCAAACGCGGUUCCUCCUCCAUUAACUUGCGCGUCCGCUUCUAUCGGCGCCGGCGAUUCAAGGCAAGGGGACGCUCAGUCCGGUCUGCAAGGAAAUGACUCGAGUCGCACGUCGCCGGAUGACUCUUCCUCGGGAACUCGUUCGCCCUCCCUCCACUCGCGCAGUGCUCGGGGUUCUUCGUUGGACGCGGUCACUGCAGCUCAGGAAGGCGACACCGGCAGAGCCCGCCGGCGGUCUCUCGACGAACGCGCGGCGGACCUCCGAGGCGAUCCACAUUUACGAGAGGUGGAGGCUCACCGUGUGCUGUGUGCGAUCUGCGACCGCUGGAUACAGCUCCGUCAGGACGCGGCCUAUUGCACUUUACCGUGGACGCAGCACCGCGAGAAAUGUCUCGAACGCAGUCGACGCAGGCUAGCGGCAGUCCAGCAACGAUCUGGGGAUCCCGCACAGGGCGCUGCAUGCGCAGCGGGCGGCGAAGAGGCAGCGGGAUGCACAGAAGAGGAGCAGGCCGUUGACCUCACCUCGUCCCACGGACGGCACAAUUGGGUUGCCCGCUCUCUAUGUUACCUGCAGGCCACCACGUACCGCUCGCAUGGCAUCACCGUCGGCCGCCUGACACAAUACCUCAAUGCUACGAUGCCUGGAUCUGGCGACAACGCGGAAUAUACCACCGACGAGGUUCGACAGGCGGUUGAAACCCUCGAUUACGCGGUAGACCCCAACGAUAUGGUGAUCUUGAAGUAGAGGUAUAUACCGUGAUGGCCCUUAAUGUUUGUUUCGUCUAUAGCAGCCGCGGUCUGUCUUUUCUUGCUUGCGGUGUUCUGAUCGCUUUCUCGAUCGUAUAUUUGUACCAGCUAUCCGUCCGAUGUGUCCGAUGCGUAUGUUAC